AAACUACACAGUUAAUGAAAACUAAUAGAGAAUUUAAAGGUAACUUAUCAAAUUUAUGCUGGGAUUGCAGCAACUACUUCAGAAUUUAAAAUGUUAACUCAAAGGAAGAAAACCUCGAUAAAAAACAUACAAAGGAUAGAUACAUUGCCAACACCCCAGAAGGCGUUUCCAAGUAAAAAUUUAAAAGAACUGUUUCUUAAAGGGAGACCAGACUGUUUACAAGCCUCCAAGGUAUAUUCCUAUCAGACUCGUUAUCUGGUUAAAGAAAAAGCAAUCACAAGAGGUUGAAACCAUUCUUUGUGCAAACCCAGCCUCUUCUUCCUGUGAUGUCAUACUACAAACCUAGCAAGCCUUCCUUUUCUUUUCUGAGAAAGCAAACCCUGCACACACAAUGCUGCAGGCGACUGAAGAAAACUUCUCAAUUCAUCUGGAGCAAGGAACUUUAGGGAAUUGUUUCUGAGCUCACUUUACUUUUCGCUUUAGGAGAUCUGCUCGCCAUAAAGGUAGCAAAGGAAAAACUUACUUUAAAGGAGUAAGAAGCUAAAGACCAAGUGGGAAUAUUUAAAGCCUUUCACGUUCUAAAUCUUCUGAUUUCAAACAGAGGCAAACCACGGCGGUUUACUUUACAUUCAUGCUCCUAAAGAAUGAUUUCACUCGCUAUCUAAAACAAGGAUUCUUUCAACCAACCAGUCCUGGAAUCCCGGUUUUUGUAGGCACUCCUGGAAGAAAAGAAUGCUUUUCUCUUGAGGAACCAGACUGCAACUUUACAGCCAAAUUUCAUGUUUCUUUUGGAGAUUUCCAAGGGAAAGGAAAUACUUAUGAAGCCAUCCAAAGAUCCCAAACAUUUGCAAAUAAAUAAGAGAUCAUAAAGUGAUCACCAUCUGAAUACUGAAACCGAGGAAAAGGAGGCUGCCCCAGCUAGGAUUUCUACAUUGUAAAUCACCUUAUAAAGCACCUUUAUAAUGGUAAGCACUAACAAUUCCAACUGUUCCUAUGACGACUCCUUUAAGUAUACUUUGUAUGGGUGCAUGUUCAGCAUGGUGUUUGUACUGGGGUUAAUCUCUAACUGUGUGGCCAUGUACAUUUUCUUAUGCACACUCAAAGUGCGAAAUGAGACGACUACAUAUAUGAUUAAUUUGGCCCUAUCAGAUUUACUUUUCGUAUUUACCUUGCCCUUCCGGAUUUUUUACUUUGCCACACGAAACUGGCCUUUUGGAGAUGUACUUUGCAAAAUUUCGGUCAUGCUGUUUUAUACAAAUAUGUAUGGAAGCAUUCUUUUCCUAACUUGUAUCAGUGUAGAUCGUUUUUUGGCUAUUCUCUAUCCAUUUCGAUCUAAGACUCUCCGAACUAAGAAAAAUGCAAAAAUCGUUUGUUUUUCCGUGUGGCUGACUGUGAUAGGUGGCAGUGCUCCAGCAGUCUUUUUUCCGUCUACUCACUCCCAGGGCAAAAACUCAACCGAAGAAGCGUGCUUUGAAAAUUUCCCGGAAGCCACGUGGAAAACCUAUCUUUCAAGGAUUGUAAUUUUCAUUGAAACGGUGGGAUUUUUUAUUCCAUUGAUAUUAAAUGUGACCUGUUCCAGUAUGGUGUUAAAGACUUUACAUAAGCCAGUGACUCUAAGUAGAAGCAAACUAAACAAAACUAAAGUCCUGAAGAUGAUCUUUGUUCACUUGGUCAUAUUUUGCUUUUGUUUUGUACCAUAUAACAUCACCUUGAUACUAUAUUCUCUUAUGAGAACACAAGCAUUUGUUAACUGCUCAGUGGUGGCUGCAGUCAGGACUAUGUAUCCAAUCACUCUCUGCAUUGCUGUUUCAAACUGUUGUUUUGACCCUAUCAUUUACUACUUUACAUCGGACACUAUUCAAAAUUCAAUAAAAAUGAAGAACUGGUCUGCCAGGAAGAGUGAUUUCAGAUUUUCUGAAAUUCAAGGAACAGAGAAUUUUAUCCAGCACAAUCUGCAGACAUUGAAAAAUAAAAUAUUUGAUAAUGAGUCUACAAUAUAAAAUACAGGAACUAUAGAUUAUUGGGACUUAACUGCCCAACACCACCACAACUGUGAAAAGUGUUUUUUUGUAUGAACUAUUUCUUCAAUUCAUAAAGACAUUUAAAAUAUGAACAGUGCUUCAAAUAUCUAAAGUUCUUAGGAUUAAAAAUGGGAAAAUAAUCUAUUAAGUAUUAAAAGUAUAUUCUGUUCUUGGUAGCUACUGCAUUUGAUGAUCUGUUUUUCUAAUCUAUCUUGGUUUCAGUACUUCCCUUUACAAUUAAAAUAUUCUUAAAGAAGCUGUUAUAGUUCAUACAACAGAACAAAGUCCAAAGGAGUUUUGAUUUAACAAAUCCUAAAUAAUGGUCAUCUGACUUAAUUAUCUUAUCCAGUAUCAUAUAACCUCCCAUCAUAAUACGAGAACUAAAGACAUAAAGACAUGAGACUGAGGUCUGAAAAAUAAUGGCAAAAAAGCAGUAUUAAUAGUAAUUACAUUUCAGUUUGGAAUUUGACCUGAUUAUACAGUUCCUUUAGGUAUUAGUUUUUUUCACUGAUUCAAAAGAAUUGAUUCUUUCAUAAAAUGGUUUUAAAAGGUUUUAUAUUUUUGACUAAAAAAAUUUAACAUUUUUUUUUUUAGUAGCAUGAAGAUAAAGCACCUUGCUUAAGUCUAAUCUUGUUUAGGGCUGUAGAAACUAAAAACUGAAGUCAAGCAAUAUGGUUUUGUCUUCAUUUCACAAACAAAAAAAAGUUCUAUGUGGUCUUAAAAGAUUCCCAGUCAAAUGACACAUUUUGUAAUUUGUUAAUAAAUAGAAGCUUCAAACUUU